UAAGGUUCUAGGGCAAAACAUCUAUAAAAUGACUCACCGUGCACGCUUUGAGGGUUUCAAUAUAAAGCUCGGUUCACGCGCACUUCCAUCUCAGUUGGGUGUCACCGAACCAAGCGAAAGGCCAGUCGAUCAUCACUCUCGUUUUAUGAUGUACGCAAUGUUAACAGCGGACUUACUAAUGCUGGUGUACGAAGUGUGUCACGAGAAGAAGCUGCGGGCGGCGAGGGAUUACAUCCUUCAAUGCGCCGCCAUACCAUGCGUCUCAAUAGUAGCUGCAGCUGCGGCUAUGGGCCCCUUGGGCGUCUUGUUGGGUGGCGUACUAGGGUCUGUGGUCUCCUACACCUAUGCCAGAGGGAAGUUCAAAAGCGUCGUUAGCAUUAUCAGGGACGACUUGACUCCUCAGGAAAGGGAGAGGCUCGCGAUGAGGGUGCGGACCGCCUUCGUAGAUCUUGGAAUCUCUGUCGGUGCCUCUGUGGCCUUCCGUCACCUCACGGAGCCCAUGAAGAUGGCGAUCGCCGCUAUUGUCAAGAAGUACUUGGAGUGUGACCACAACAUGACAGUAAAGCCUUAAAUGCCUAAAAGACUGUUCAGGUGAAUGGUACGAAUGGCGGUUUCUUUUUUUCUGUUUGAAUUUGUUAGCGAAGAUUGGUUCGCUGUUGGUACCACUGUUGGAGAUUCGAAUUAUUAUCUGUUUGAGACAAGACUGUGAAAAAGACAGUUCCUAAAUAAACAAAUAAAAUUA